AACAUGAGAUCUAUUCUUGACGAUUGAUCAUCGUGUGCGUCACAAGCUUGAGUCUAUUGGCAGCGCGAGGAACAGACAUAUGGACGAAAAUAGUAGUCCUUCAAAAUUUCUAAUCCGCCGAAUUACGCUUCCGGGUCUUGAACGAAACGAUGAUGGGACACGGGCAGUUUAUGACGUACUUUGUCUCAAUGGAAAGGUUCACCGCAUUCAGCAAUCUAGCAAAUUUCCCGACACAAACGAGCCCGGAUUUUCCAACAUAGAUGGCACGUUGCUAGAGACAGCGGGCCUCCUUAUCCCUGGGUUGUGUCAUGCUCAUAUUCAUCUGGACAAAUGUUUCCUUCUCGAUGAGUACAGCGAUUUGAAAAUCGUUUCAGGCGACUUCCGGGAAGCUUUGGCAAUGACAGCCGAAGCCAAGACUCGAUUUGCGAAAGAUGAAGCGAGCAUCCUCCGUCGUGGCCGACAAUUGAUCAUGCAGAGCGUACAAUGUGGAGUAACCUCCAUGAGAGCACAUGUUGAGAUUGAUAUCACUACCGGCUUCGCAUGUGUGAAUGCGGGUGUCCGCUUGCGCGAAGAGUUUCAACAGCAGUGCGAUGUUCAAAUUGCAGUGUUCGCUCAGGACCCUUUAUACACGUCAGACAGCGAGCAGCCGGGAGAGAAUUAUGAUCUCCUUUCAUUAGCUGCCGCCUUGGACGGUGUCGAAGCCAUCGGUUCUGCGCCUUACGUGGAGCCCAAUAUCGCCAUGGCGAAGGAGAACAUCCGUUUAGUGCUGGACCUCGCAUGGAAACAUACCCUUGUCGCUGACUUCCACCUCGACUAUAACUUUGAUAGUUCUUCCGAGCCCCUCAUAUGGUAUCUCCUCCAAGAAUUGGAAACUCGCAUGAAAGGCGGUACAUGGAAGCAGGAGUUACAUGUCUGCGUAGGACAUGCAACCAGAUUGGCACUAUUCAGUCGUGAAGAAUGGGCCAAGUACAAACGGGUUGUCGACGAGCAUAAUCUACCCAUCACCUUGGUGGGACUUCCGCAGAGUGAUUUAUACAUGAUGGGCAGAGGGACAGAUCCUUCCCCCAGAAGUACACUGAAUGUCACCCAUUUGGCGAGAGAACAUAACGUGCGCAUAGCCAUGACAGUGAACAACGUUCAGAACGCGUUCACACCACAAGGCUCUGUAGAUCCCUUAUCAUUGUGUCCAUUAGGCGUCGCGGUUUUCCAAUCGGCCACCAAGGCUGACAGUCAAGUGCUCUUGGAAUCUGUUACAAACACUGCCCGAAGAGCCAUCGGCCGCCAACAAGAUUCCCGACUUUCAAAGGAGUCCCGGCCGAUGAUUGUUCGAGUGGGCGACGUUGCGGACUUUGUUCUCCUCCACAACAAUGACUCAACUCAAUCAGCAGUACUGAAUCCGUCUUACGAUCGUACGACGAUAAAAGGCGGAAGAAUAGUUUCGGUCAGGAGGACUAUACUGGAGUAAAAUGUCACAGAGAAACCGUCGUGUUGGUCCAAUCGGUCCAGCGUUUUCAUGAAGUACGGUAUACGUAUCAGUGACAAAUAUUAGUCUUACAUAUGGC